GUGGACCGCCACCCCUGGCCCCGAUUCUCCCGUGCCCGCCUGCCGCCGGGAAGCUUAACCCGGGCGCCGGCGGGCGGCCGCCGCAACUGAAAGACCCACGGGCCGAGGCUCCGCGCCCGUCCGCGGCGCGCGGCCGGCAUGGCGGCGCGGAGGAGCCCCCCGCAGGCGCGGGAGCCAGAACGGUCUAGUACCCUCGCCGCAGGAAAUGACCAAGUUCACUCCUGGACACUCGUCACCAGCCAAGCCUUAGAUACUGUGUGGGGAAUAGCGAAGGGCUCCGUGAUGCUGGCAGUCUCGCUGCUGCUGGCCACCCUCUGCUACUUCCGACGGCUGAAUUUACACCUAGGCCACCGGCUGAAAUGGUGGAGUGGAUAUCUGCAAAGAAAAUUCAAAAGGAACCUCAGCGUGGAGGCGGAAGUCGACUUACUCAGCUAUUGCGCAAGGGAGUGGAAAGGGGAGACACCCCGUGCCAAGCUGAUGAGGAAGGCUUACGAGGAGCUGUUCUGGCGGUGUCACAUUAAAUGUGUCCGACAAGUGAAGAGAGACAACUAUGAUGCACUGAGAUCUGUGUUGUUCCAGAUAUUCAGCCAGGGCCUUUCUUUUCCAUCCUGGAUGAAGGAGAAAGACAUCGUUAAGCUUCCUGAGAAACUGCUCUUUUCACAAGGUUGUAAUUGGAUCCAGCAAUACAGUUUUGGUCCUGAGAAGUAUACAGGUUCCAAUGUGUUUGGAAAAUUGCGUAAAUGUGUGGAAUUAUUGAAGACACAGUGGACUGAAUUCAGUGGGAUUAAAGACUAUCACAAGAGAGGAAGUAUGUGCAACAUCCUUUUCUCUGAUGCCAUUUUGGAAUACAAACUGUAUGAAGCUUUGAAGUUCAUCAUGCUUUAUCAAGUCACUGAAGCUUAUGAACAAAUGAAGACGAAAAAGGUCAUUCCCAGUCUUUUCAGACUCCUGUUUUCCCGGGAAACAUCGUCUGAUCCUUUGAGCUUCAUGAUGAAUCACCUAAAUUCUGUAGGCGACACGUGUGGACUAGAGCAGAUUGAUAUGUUUAUACUUGGGUAUGCACUUGAAGUCAAGAUAAAAGUGUUCAGACUGUUCAAGUUUAACUCCAGGGACUUUGAAGUCUGCUACCCAGAGGAGCCACUCAGGGAGUGGCCUGAGAUCUCCCUGCUGACCGAGAAUGACCGCCAUUACCACAUUCCCGUCUUUUAAGUCUGGCGUGGACCAGAUACCCGCCAGUGACAGUGGUCAUGCUGGCAAGUGCAGUGUUCCGGGAAAACCAAAGCUGGUGGUGUAGCCACUGAAGGAAGUAGGACCUUCUCCAGAAUGCCAGGUACACUGGACGCAGCGGCACACACACGGCCUUUCUUUGUUUCUCAGUGGUUUCCUCCAGAGCAGUUGCACUAAUACAUUUGUGGGUGCGCGGUUUGACCUUGUUCAUAAGAGCUGGGGUCCCUCCACACCUGGGGGCUUUUAAGAGCAUGAGAACAUUUAAUUUGGACGAAAACAACAGGAAAACAUGGAGAAGACAAGUAGGAAAAAAGACUAACCUAGAAAGAAUGAAUUUGUGUCUAGCUUUUAUAUUCUUCAUUAAGAAUCUUGCCUUUGGUUGAUUUUGGAUCCUCAUAAACAUAGUCUUAUUUUAUAAGCAUGACCUUCCCAGGAAUCUUUAUGGUAUCUUGACUUUUCUAAAACCACUUGAUUAACUAUAAAAUUAUGGGGGGCAGGGCAGUGUAUGUACACAUAUAUACUCAUGCCCCAAUGUAUACAUGUAUAGUUUUAUAUAUACACAUAUAAACACAUACACAGAUAACCACUACUUUGUAAUGUACAGUUUGUUUUAUAUCUCUUUACAUUUUUUGUUAUUACAUCUGGCCAGCUUAAUACAUUUUCUAUAGAUGAAACAGAUAAAUUCUGUAGUUUGAGGCAAAUGAAUGACAACUAUUGAACUGUCACAAAAAAAUUAACCUGUGGUGUAUUGACACAUGUAUUUAAUGUGUGGGAGGUAGAGUCAUGCCUGCCCCCCCCCCUCCCCGCUCAGAAAUAUGUUACAUCCUAAUCCACAGAACCUGUGAAUAUGUUGUUGGUUAAAUGGCAAAGGAGAAUCAAGUUGCAGGUAGAAUUAAGGUACUAAUCUGUUCACCUUGUUUUAGGGAGAUUGUUCUGGGUUUUUCAGGUGAAUGCAAUGUAAUCACAAGGGUCCGUGAACGAGGAAGGGGGAUUGGAAGCGUGUCAUAGUCAGAGGGAAAUGGGAAAUCUGGAAGGACAGUACAGAGGGACGCAACGUGCUGACGUUGACCAGGGAGGAAGGAGCCACAGCCAAGGAAUGGGAGUGGCCUCUGGAAGCGGGAAAAGGCAAGGGAAUGGAUUCUCUCCUGGAGCCGCCAGGAGGGAACACGGCCCUACCAACGCUGUGAGUCCAGCCCAGGGAGACCUGGGUGAGACCUCGGACCCCCAGGACUGUGAGAGAACAAAUUCGUGUUAAGUCGCUAAGUUCGUGGUAAUGUGUUACAGCAAUGAUAGACAAUACUCAGGUGAACUAAGUUUUGGUUAUCUUUAUUUUGGAAAUACUUUUCUAGUUUAUUCUGAUAAUCUUCAUUUUGGAGGUACUUUACUAAAUCUGUUGUGAAUUUCAAUAAAUACAAAAUAACUUUUAAGUUACAAAUCCCUCCUGAGAAAUGGCUUCCUUAACAUGUUUGAGGCUGGCGUUUUCUCACUUUUUUCAUAUAGUUUCUACUAUAAAUUAAAAAAGAGGUAUGUUUUCCUGGCCAGUGUGGCUCAGUGGUUUGAGUGCCUGCUUGUGAACCAAGAUGUUGUUGGUUUGAUUCCCGGUCAGGCCACAUGCCCGAGUUACAGGCCGGGAGAGGCAGUCUGUAGAUGUUUCUCUUGCACAUUGAUGGUUCUCUCUUUCUCCUUCCCUUCUCUCUCUAAAAAAUAAAUAAAAUUACAACCAAAAAGAGGUAUGUUAAACGCUGUGGUGUACGAAAAUAAUAUUCAGACUUUUCAAUGGGGGUAAUCACCUGUAUGCACUACGGAAGCCAGGUGUCCAUGCAUUGUAUUACACCUGCCGUCAUUUUGUCUUCUGGUUGGAGAGUAGUGAGCUUAGACCAAGGGGCCUUGCAUUACCUUGAGACCACAUAAACAAAAUGAGAGUUCUUAAUUAACCUCUACUGUCCUGUUCUGCUUGGAAGUGUCUGUGGCCUUGCACAACCCCAUCAUUUAAUGGACACUGUUGGAAGUUAUCCCCUUGAUGUGACCUAGAAAAAUGAACUCGACCCUUCGCUUCACAACCACACACAAUGAGAGCCUGUGGCAGGCUGUGACUGAUACUCCUAGAAUUGCCACUCUGGACUUCUGGCUCCAGUGCGGCCGUCCAGGUACUUGCCUGGCUUUUGUGUAUUUCCACUCAUCUUUCAUCUCCUUACCCAGUGUAAUUAUUUCCACGUCAGUCCGAGACUGAAAGGGAGAACUCUUUCACGGGGACCGGCAGCCUGUAUCUCUGUGACGGAUCAACCCGUUCUGUGUACCCUUAACUGUGUAGGGACAGGGCAGGGUGGGGCGAGAAUUCUUUAAACAGAGGGGCAAGGUUAACUUGUGAAAACAGGACAUUCUAAUGCCAUGAAAGGAAAAAGUAAAGAAGACCUUUAAAUAGUUGCUAUUUUGAGAAAGGCAUCAAAACAGAAGAUUUUACAGGAGGAGAUAUUAGGUGUUUUGUUAUUUUUUAAAAAAAUUAGUUGUAUAUGGACUGUAACAAACUAAUUCUAAGGGACUGCAAAUAAAUUAGCACCACUUUAAAAUGACAGCGAUGGAGGGGAAUUGCCAUGUUACACCAACAUUAAGUAUAUUUAUAACCUCACUUGUUUUCAGUGAGAAGAGAAUUAUAGGAAAAAGGAAAACAUACACCCUUGUCUUUUUUCUGAUUUUAGAAUGUUUCUCUCGAAAUUUGGGCAUGUGUGUCCAUCCUGAGGAGUUGUAUGAGUAUCAGUACAGGACUGGUUUUCCUUAUUGUGGUAAAAUAUACUUCCCAUAAAGCAUAGCAUUGUGACCAUCUGUAAAUACGCGGCCCAGUGGUGUCAGGUGCCUUCAUGCUGUUGUGCGACCAUCGCCACCGCCCACCCUCAGAACUUUGUCCUCUUCAAGACUGACUUUACUAGGAGGCAAGUGGAAUUUCCCCGCCUGGUAACUGGAUUUUUUUUCUUUUCCUUUUCACCUCAUCUUUAUGCCAUGCCCUUCUCAUCUGAGUAUUUCUUUCCGACUUAAACGAUCCCCAGUGCGGAUGUCCAAUGUGAGGGAGGUUUAGGUGACCGAAUGAAUGGAUCAGGCAAAUCAGGUUUCACUUCAUCUGUAAAGUAAAGAAAUAACCACGGGUGGCUUCUGGCUUCAUCCUAGGGGCGCGCUCAUUUGAAAGCUUCUCCCAGGAGACCAUGCUAACUCAGGGCCGCCAGGAGACUUGAAUUGCCUGGCUGUGGACCUUCACAGCCUUGACCCCUGGGCCUUCGCUAGCGCAAGGAGAGCCCUCGGCCAGACCAGGCCAGGGCAGGAGCGCUCCCUCGGGGGGCCUUCACGGCACAUUUCCGAGGCCUUCCCUGUGGAUGAGCUUUGGGCGGAAAUAUUUGUUGUUGUCGUAGAUCAGGUGAUUUCCUCAGAUUUCAGUGAGACCAGAGAAAGACCAGCUUACUUUUGUCUAAGCUGGUUGGUCUUGGGGAGGAAACUAUUUGAUUUUGAGUACUCUGAAAAUGUUGGGAAUUCCACAUGAAAGAAGGUGAAUCUUUUUAGGUUGAUAUCUAACCUGACAUGUGAAAACCUGUGCAAAUUUGAGAAAAGGAGGACUAAUUCAGUCAUCUUAGUUUUAAAUGGCAAGUUGCUAAAGCUGUGUAAUCUUUUUAUAAGAAUGUGUUUCACACUGCAUAAUGCUUGUUGCUGUGUAAAAUUUUAAAAUAAAAUCUAAAGACUGUACUUUCAGGGAUCAUUUCUGUAGUUUGCUAUUAAAAUAAAAUCUAUAGUUUUAUGGAUCUAAAACUUCAACCGUCCAUUGGGUUUCCUGUCACGAACUGAAUGAUGGUGCAUUACCUAAGUAUUGGCCACACUCAGGUAUACUUUUCUCUGUACUAUUGUUUUCUUCAAAUUCCAUUUUUAUCACAAUGUUUUUAUAGUCAGACACAAAGUUAAGUGGGUCCAAACAGUACAAUCACCUUUGUUUUAUUUGUUCAAAAUAGAUGGGUCUGCCCCAAGUUCACUUUAGCACUAACCCUGCCGUACUCCCGUGGGCCAAGAGAACAAACACUUGGCGGACCACACUGAUGCUCCAUGUCCACAUGGUUCAUGGCCGACGGAGAAGCCGCUCACCCACACGUUCACAGCCCCCAGACCAAAGUGCACCGCAGCACAGCCAGAGCUGUGCUGCGCGUCUUCCUAUGGAGGUCACAGGGUGUGUGCGAGCAGACGAGAGCGGCGUGGCAAGCGUGGUUCAGCCAUCGUGGACAAUGGGACUGUGUGUGGGAUGUAAAAUAACACUCUCGGUUUAUAAA